AUGACAACCCUCGCAUUUAUCGGCUGCGGAAACAUGGGCUCCGCAAUCCUAGACGGCCUGCUAGAGGCCACCCGCUCGGAGCCCCAAAAAUCCAAAAUCGAAUACUUCAUAGCGACCACCAAGAGCGCGGCCUCAGCCGAGAAGCUUAGCGAGAAAUACCGCUCAGAUCCAUCACGAGUGUUAGUUGCGUCUGGGUCCAACGUUAAAGUCAUGGAGCAGUCAGACAUCGUCCUGCUAGCGUGCAAGCCUUUCCUGGCGCAGAGUAUUCUGUCCGAGCCGGGCGUAGCGAAAGCGUUAAAAGGAAAAUUCGUCAUCAGCGUUAUGGCGGGCAAGACGCCUGCCGAGAUCAUGGAGUACAUCUAUGGGGAUUCAGCCCAGGCGAUGAAUAGGCCGGUGAUUGUAACGGCCAUGCCGAAUGUGGCGGCGCGAUUGCGCCAGUCCAUGACUAUUAUCGAGGAGAACCCGGCGCUUUCGAAAGAUCGGGCGGAGAUUCUGACUUGGAUCUUUGAGCAGAUUGGGACGGUCAAGUUUGUGGCGCCGGAUUUGGUCAAUGCUGGGUCGAUGGUUUCUGGGGCCGCGAUGGCGCUCUUGACUCUUGCUGUUGAUGGGAUUAUGGAUGGGGCUGUUAUGGAGGGUUUCCGACGGCCGGAUGCUAUGGAGGUGUCGGCGCAAGUGUUGGAGGGGUUGGCUGGGUUGUUGAGGGAGGGCGUUCACCCGGCGGUUUUGAGGGAGAGUAUUUCUUCGCCGAGGGGGUGUACUAUUCAAGGACUGUAUGCUUUGGAGAAGAAUGGGGUUCGGGGGGCGUACGCUGAGGCGUUGGUUAGGGGGGUGAAGCAUUUGAGGGGAGAGAACUAG